AAAUAGGAGUAGAUCUCACCCCUUUAAUCCCACCCCUCUGCUACAGUCCUUCAGUCCUCGCAUGCUGACGGGAAGCAAAGCUGAACUCAAGAUGAAAUUUGUUCUGCUUGCCGCUUGCAUCCUUGGGAUUGCCUUCUGUGCACCUCCACAGAAGUACAUGGAGUUUGACAUCCAUUACGCUCCAGCUCAGGCAGCUCAGGCCAUUCCUGCCGGAGCACCGCAUGGGUCUCUGGACGUGCUGCUGCCGGUUGACGAACUGGGUCGGCCUGUUGGAGGAGCUGCCCGCGGCUUCAUCAAGCAGGAGAUCCCCCUGGCAAGUGGAAGAGAAUCCAAAGACGUGUACUACCCCUUUGGCUUUGAUGUACCAGCGCCUGCAGCCCCCGCCCCUGUCGUCCCUGUCGUUCCCGUGGCUCCUGCAGCUCCUGCAGCCCCUGUAGCUCCUGUAGCUCCUGCAGCUCCUCUUGUCCCUAUCGUUGCCGUUGCUGCUCCUGCUGCCAAACCCAGCGGGGAUGAUGAUGAGGAAGAAGACGACUAAACGAGUCAGCUCGAUGUGCGCACAUUUGUGCACAAAAAGGUGACCGGUGGUGUAAGACCAGCAGCCAAACCCCAGUGAAAAAUGACCAGUCAAAUAAUGCUGUUUUCUAAGCUAUGACAAAUUUGGUGCUGUGCCUUUUCAGGAUGAUAUGGCACUCUCUUUUUUUUUUUUUUGUUAUUUUGAUUACAAAAUUAAAAUAAAUCAGAUGAUUCUAUACAGCAAAAUGUGAUUGUUUUCUGUCUUUUUUUUAUUUUUAAAAAAACCUCAGUGUUAAGCUGCUGCAUGGUGUGUCCUCAUCAACUGCAUGCAAUAAUGUGUUUCCUCAUCUGACUUGCUGUUUCUGUGCUUCAUAAUAAAUGAAAAGAAGUCAAUGA